CGGUAGGCAAACCUGAAAUGUAGUGUGGUACAUCGCUCUUCGGGCUCUAUUUAUAUCACUCCGAUGUCUUUCAUAGAAACUUUUUAAGAAAUCGAUAGAAAACAUGUCAAACGGACCUCUAUUUCUCGCAGAUAAUGUGUACGAAAACAUACCAGGUGAAAGGAUUUUUGUUUUGCGGUGCUAGUGAUGUGAGAAAUAGUGCCCUCAGAGAUGAUCUACAUCCUUGUGGGUAUCUGCUUGCCUUUUCUGCUGCCGUCAGUUUGUAGCGCUGAAAGAAGCCUCGUCUCAGACAGACUGGAAAACGUAACACAGACAAUAUCAAAACUGCUAGAAGGUUACGACAUACGCUUGAGACCCAAUUUUGGAGGUGAACCACUUCAUGUUGGAAUGGACUUGACCAUUGCAAGUUUUGAUGCUAUAUCUGAGGUAAACAUGGACUACACUAUCACGCUGUAUCUGAACCAAUAUUGGAAAGAUGAGCGACUGGCGUUUAGUAACUCUGAGGAAAUUCUCACGCUUUCCGGGGACUUUGGUGAAAAGAUAUGGGUUCCGGAUACCUUUUUUGCUAAUGACAAAAACAGUUUCUUGCAUGACGUCACAGAAAGGAACAAGCUAGUUCGCCUAAGCGGAGAUGGAGCAAUCACAUACGGGAUGCGAUUUACAACCACAUUAGCCUGCAUGAUGGAUCUCCAUUACUAUCCCUUGGAUUCGCAGAAUUGCACCGUGGAAAUAGAAAGCUAUGGCUACACAGUAAUGGACGUAGUGAUGUAUUGGAAAUCCACACCAGUGAGAGGUGUCGAAGAAGCAGAAUUACCUCAAUUCACCAUUAUCGGCUGGGAGACCAAUGAUAGGAAAGAACGUCUUGCUACCGGAAUCUAUCAAAGACUUUCGCUGUCGUUCAAAUUACAAAGAAACAUUGGCUACUUUGUCUUCCAGACUUAUUUACCUAGUAUACUGAUAGUUAUGCUGAGUUGGGUGUCAUUCUGGAUUAAUCAUGAAGCUACCAGUGCACGAGUGGCCCUUGGUAUAACAACCGUUCUAACCAUGACCACCAUCAGUACCGGAGUGAGAAGUUCUUUACCAAGAAUUAGUUACGUUAAAGCAAUAGAUAUUUAUUUAGUCAUGUGUUUCGUUUUUGUGUUUGCCGCACUUUUAGAAUACGCAGCUGUUAACUACACGUACUGGGGAGCUCGAGCGAAGAAGAAAAGCAAGAAGGGUAAAGCACCUGAAGAAAUUAAAGCUGGGUCCAAGCCUAACACGGAUCAGCAAGAAACCUAUAUGGCCAGCGAGGAUAUAAUAGAAUUGCAAGACGUUCGUAUGAGCCCCAUAGCAUCAAUAAGGAACCGCAAUAACUCUAGCAAAACUGGUAAUAAUGCUUGUGAAGUAGACUUAUCAAAAUUCCCUCCUAGCUUUCGCAUAUCAAGAACUACGGGGUAUGCUUACAAUUGUAGGAUGACACCUGGACUCAGAUACAGAGGAAACAAAGCAAAUUCCAUACACAAAACCAAGGUCUUACAUGCAAUCAAGAAAGGAGCAUUGGUCCUGAAGGCCUCUAUGCCCAAAAUCAAGGACGUUAACAUUAUUGACAAAUACUCUAGGAUAGUCUUUCCUGUGGCGUUCUUUUUAUUCAACCUAGGUUAUUGGCUGUUUUACUUCCUCGAGUGAUUAUUGUAAAUAUAUGUAUAAUAAUAAUGGAAACUCACCGACGCAUCGCAUCGUUUAGAUGUAACAUUUGAGCUAUAUUAAUGCUAAAGAAAGCUUCUUGUAGGAGUAAAUUGUUGCAGAAUGAUGAGGAUGAUCAGUAGAUCAGUGUCGCGGAAUUAUCAACAGAUCGUACUUUGACCAUUAUCGACAUAUAGUUCAUUAAUAAGCAAUACGUAGAUAGUAUAUACAGGUAAUUUGACGAUAUUAAUCCGUCAAGAAAAGUAGUUUUGUGAUAAGUUCUUGAAGAAGAAAAUUGUUGCAGAGGGUUGCACUUUCACCAUUUUUGAGAUACAUUUUGGUUAAAAUGGCUAUAUGCAAUCGAAUAGUCUAUAUUGGGCUAUAUUAUCUAAUAAAAUCGAUUCUACUCAGUAAUUCUGCAGUUCAGGAUCCUGUAGAUUGACUAACGUCUGCAUUUGUAACUGGUUGUGUGGUCCCGUAGAUUAUGGAUAUACGUUUGAAUAAGAAAACCAAUUGAUGUUAAGAGAAUCUCAUCCAGCAAAAAAUAAUGCAACACUCAUGAUCAUUAUCUACGAAUUAAAUGGCUAUGUAUUUAAGUUACACUAAAAUUAUAAUAUAUGGUAAUUUAUCCAAGGGGUUGUUUGUUAUAUUGAGCUCUGAUGUGAUUCUCCGCACUAUGCAAAUGCGAAGUUAUAAAUAUCAUAUGAUCGUUUUAGUUGCUUGUUAGUGAGAUGCAUUAUUUAAGUAAGGCUUACAAUUCUAUUCAGAGGCAAAAUCUGCCUGAAAUGACUCCUUAAGUUCUUCGUAUCCACAGUGUUCUACUAAACGGUGUAUCAAUUUUGUAAUUACAGAUGCCCACAAAAUGAAAAAGUAGUAUGUGCUUGGGGCCCCACUCUUUUUCUCCCAUGUACCUUUUUAGUUAAAAUUAGGGGUCGGAGGACAAAUAAAAGAGUAAUUCAGGCAUUAAGAUCACACAUUAUGGCAUUUAUGAUGAAUGGAGCCUAAAUGCCAGGGCACCGCGGCUACGAUGAAGAGCUUAAAGGAACGUUAAUCUGAUUUCAGUAUAGCCAAAGGUCAGUAUAACAGAGAAAUACCUCUUCAGGUAGAUUGUUCCACAGUCUCGAUAGCCUAGGAACAAAGGGGCGGUCGUUCAGUUCUGGAUGUUCAUAAUUUGACACGGUUAGAAUAGGAGGCCGAAGUCAAGCUCAUAGCAGAGAGCUCUGAGGAGCAAUGAACGUUAGUGUAACAGUAAAUGUAAAUGUAGUCGGGCGGCAGCACCCCAGACAUUUGAGAAGUACUCGAGGCUAGGUCUUAUCUGGACUUUGUACAGAGUGAGGAUGUUAUGCGGACAAAAGUACUUCCUAGCCCUAAACAAAUAGCCUAUGUUUUUCCACAGUAGUUGCCGCUGUGGACGAAAUGUAUUCGUGCCAGAUCAAGUCCUCGGUGAUCUGGACACCGACCAGCCGAAAUGAAAGGCUCUUUGAUAGAACUCGGUCAUCCAUAGAACCCGAAUGACCGCUAACACGCUAUUUCUUAUUCAAAGUACGGUACUAUGUUUUAGCAGCGUUAAAAUGUACCAGACUGUUUCAUCGUCAAGCAGUGAUAACAUUCAGCUUGUCACUCUGAAUUCCUGCAUGUAGAGUGCUGUCAUCAGUAAAGCUGUGGAUUGAUCGUACACGAAAGGUGUGUCAGUGUCGGAGUUAACACGGAUCCCAUCUGCGAAGCUUCUGUGAAAGGCCAUUACUUUCAUAUUUGUCUAUAUCGCCCCAAUUUUGACUUCAGAUUCGUGUGUAGAGGGAAAAAAAUAGAUCGAAAAAUAUAGUGCGACACCCAGAAGACACCAUUUUUGAUUUUUUGUGGACCUGUGUAUCGUUUUCUCUAAAAUUUGUCUACCAUCCCACAAUUUUGACAGAUUAGUAUUUAGGACGAAAAAGUACAUGGGAAAAACAUUGUCGGACCACAAGCACAUACACUUUUUUAUUUUGUGGGCCUGUGUUUUCAUUGUAAAUACAUUUAUAGUGAUAAUAUAGGAUUUUGGCGAUCACAGAUAUUACGCACAUAAACGUUAACGUGAACCUUAAUUGAUAUUUAAGUCGAUGACUCACGGGUGAUAAAAAAUAAUAUUAACGUAACCGUUUACGUAUGCAUCUUUUGCCAUUGCCAAAGCCCUUUAAUAUCCAAUUGUUGUUAUUAACGUUAUAAAUUUUAUUUGAAAUAUUAGAAUAUUCAUCAUUUCUCCAGUUCUCUAUUAACGCAAUAUCAAUUUGGUAACAUUAUUGAAAUGUUUAUAUUUGUUGGUCAGUAGAAAUAUAAUGAAGGGACAUGAUUUAUUUUUGUCGUUUAUCAUUUCAAAAAAUAUUAGCAUUCAUCUGAAAGGUGAUUAGUCAAGUUCAUCAUAAAAUACUAUCCAUUUUACAGAUACUUUUCCUAGAACUCUGAAAGUAAUUGUCUUCUAACAUGAUAUAAUAUUUACGUAUGUAUAAAUGUAUUUAUAAAUUCAAGUGUUUCCAGUCUUUCCAUAUUUACAGGGUAUUUGAAAAGUUUCGACCAAUUUUAUUUUAAAAUAAUGUGAAUGUAGACCCUGUAUCACUAAGCAUAGGAUUUUAGUUCACAAAUGCUCACACGAAAGCCAAAUGUUAUUAAAAGCAAUGUACAAAAAUAUUAUAUGUG